AUGAAUAAAAAUAUUUAUUUUAUUUUCUUAAUAUUACUUUUGGUCACACCAAUACUGUGUACUUUUACUUGCAAAUAUGCCAGAUUCUACCAUAUCUAUAUGAACUAUAUGUGUAUAAGUGGAUACAAAGAGAAUGCUUACAUUGAAGGACAUGCCUGUAUCUACCCAAAUGAAAAGACAACUACCUAUGGUUUCUUGGGAUUACAUAACACUACCACCAAUAUUACUGAUACAAUUUUUGGAAGCACCACCUAUGGUACAAUGGGAAUAGAAUCCAUCUCAAAAUACAUCUACAACUUUACAGAGAUAACAGCUGUUUUUAAAUUAACAAAUUUAACUGGAGGCGAAUUCGAAUUAACUUAUUUCAAUACAAUCCUAAUUAAUAAAAAUAGACAGUAUAAUAGUGAUCUAAAACAAACAGGUAAGGAAGUUCUAAAUUAA